AUGGCCACCCAAUCUCCUCCCUCUGAGAUGCGUCGCUGGCAGAUCCCUGCCCCGGGCACCUUCAUCCAGUCCCUCACUCUCGCAACCGUGCCAACGCCGUCCGCCGACAAGCUCAAGGACAACCAGAUCCUCGUGCAGGUCGUCACGGCAGGCAUCAACCCCGCAGACUACAAGUUCCCUGACCUCGGGCUCGUCGCCAAGGCAAUGAUCUCGUUCCCCAAGUCUCCCGGCAUGGACUUCGCUGGCCGCGCCGUCGCCGUCGGCUCCGCCGUCACAGACAUCCAACCCGGCGACGCCGUCGUCGGCCGUCUCGACCCGAUGGGCGCCCAGGGCUCGCUGAGCGAGUACGUCGUGGCUGACCGCGAGGGCUGCGCCGCGAUCCCGGGCCAGGCGGACUUUGAACAGGCCGGCGCCGUGGGCACGGCCGCCCUGACAGCGUACCAGACCAUCGUGCCGUACGUGAAGGAGGGCGACAGGAUCUUCAUCAACGGCGGCUCGGGAGGCACCGGCACCUACGGCAUCCAGAUCGCCAAGGCGGUCGGGUGCCACGUCACGGUGUCGUGCUCUACGGCCAAGGCCGCGCUCUGCAAGGAGCUCGGCGCGGAUGAGAUCAUCGACUACAAGACCGCCGACGUCGUCGGCAAGCUGAGGGAGGCCGGCAAGGUGUUCGCCCUCGUCGUCGACAACGUCGGCAACUCCCCGCCGAACCUCUACAAGGCCUCCGACGACUUUUUGCUGCCCGACGGCCACUUCAAGUUCGUCGGCGGUGCCAUCUCCUUUGCCCAGGUCACGAGUGUCCUGCCGAGCGCCUUCCUGCCUGGUUUCCUGGGCGGCGCCAAGCACAAGUUCGAGGCCUUCCUGACCAAGAACUCCCACGCCGAUUUGUCGCAGAUUGCAUCCUGGAUGGCGGAAGGAAAGGUGAAGAGCGUGAUUGACUCGACCUUUGAGUUCGAGGAUGCCGUGAAGGCUUAUGAGAAGCUCAAGGAAGGCUCGAGCGCCGGUAAGAUUGUUGUGAGGGUCACGAAGAAGGCUUGA